AUGUACGUACUUGGACUGAAACUAGAACUUACUAAUCGUUUCAUAUUAACUAUGAAUUUAAAUGAAAUUUCAUCAGCUUUCGCUUCGUCAUCAUCCUCAUCUAUUUUAUCAUUGUCAUCGUUUAUAUCUGUAUUGUCAAAUAAUAAUAAUUUAAUAUUAGCUAAUGGAUCAACAUUGGAUGAUCGUAUAUCUAAUGUUUAUGACGGUAAAAUUAACAAUAUACCAAUAAUUCGUUUUUAUUUAAUCAAUAAUUCCACAUUGAAAACAAUCGCCACAAAGACAAAAAAAAACUUACCAGAAGUAGAAAUGAUCAACUCAUUAUCAUCAUCAUCAUCAUCAUCAUCAUCAUCAUCAUCAUCAUCAUCAUCAUCAUCAUCAUCAUCAUCAUCAUCAUCAUCAUCAUCAUCAUCAUCAUCAUCAUCAUCAUCAUCAUCAUCAUCAUCAUCAUCAUCAUCAUCAUCAUCAUCAUCAUCAUCAUCAUCAUCAUCAUCAUCAUCAUCAUCAUCAUCAUCAUCAUCAUCAUCAUCAUCAUCAUCAUCAUCAUCAUCAUCAUCAUCAUCAUCAUCAUCAUCAUCAUCAUCAUCAUCAUCAUCAUCAUCAUCAUCAUCAUCAUCAUCAUCAUCAUCAUCAUCAUCAUCAUCAUCAUCAUCAUCAUCAUCAUCAUCAUCAUCAUCAUCAUCAUCAUCAUCAUCAUCAUCAUCAUCAUCAUCAUCAUCAUCAUCAUCAUCAUCAUCAUCAUCAUCAUCAUCAUCAUCAUCAUCAUCAUCAUCAUCAUCAUCAUCAUCAUCAUCAUCAUCAUCAUCAUCAUCAUCAUCAUCAUCAUCAUCAUCAUCAUCAUCAUCAUCAUCAUCAUCAUCAUCAUCAUCAUCAUCAUCAUCAUCAUCAUCAUCAUCAUCAUCAUCAUCAUCAUCAUCAUCAUCAUCAUCAUCAUCAUCAUCAUCAUCAUCAUCAUCAUCAUCAUCAUCAUCAUCAUCAUCAUCAUCAUCAUCAUCAUCAUCAUCAUCAUCAUCAUCAUCAUCAUCAUCAUCAUCAUCAUCAUCAUCAUCAUCAUCAUCAUCAUCAUCAUCAUCAUCAUCAUCAUCAUCAUCAUCAUCAUCAUCAUCAUCAUCAUCAUCAUCAUCAUCAUCAUCAUCAUCAUCAUCAUCAUCAUCAUCAUCAUCAUCAUCAUCAUCAUCAUCAUCAUCAUCAUCAUCAUCAUCAUCAUCAUCAUCAUCAUCAUCAUCAUCAUCAUCAUCAUCAUCAUCAUCAUCAUCAUCAUCAUCAUCAUCAUCAUCAUCAUCAUCAUCAUCAUCAUCAUCAUCAUCAUCAUCAUCAUCAUCAUCAUCAUCAUCAUCAUCAUCAUCAUCAUCAUCAUCAUCAUCAUCAUCAUCAUCAUCAUCAUCAUCAUCAUCAUCAUCAUCAUCAUCAUCAUCAUCAUCAUCAUCAUCAUCAUCAUCAUCAUCAUCAUCAUCAUCAUCAUCAUCAUCAUCAUCAUCAUCAUCAUCAUCAUCAUCAUCAUCAUCAUCAUCAUCAUCAUCAUCAUCAUCAUCAUCAUCAUCAUCAUCAUCAUCAUCAUCAUCAUCAUCAUCAUCAUCAUCAUCAUCAUCAUCAUCAUCAUCAUCAUCAUCAUCAUCAUCAUCAUCAUCAUCAUCAUCAUCAUCAUCAUCAUCAUCAUCAUCAUCAUCAUCAUCAUCAUCAUCAUCAUAUCAUCAUCAUCAUCAUCAUCAUCAUCAUCAUCAUCAUCAUCAUCAUCAUCAUCAUCAUCAUCAUCAUCAUCAUCAUCAUCAUCAUCAUCAUCAUCAUCAUCAUCAUCAUCAUCAUCAUCAUCAUCCUCAUCAUCAUCAUCAUCAUCAUCAUCAUCAUCAUCAUCAUCAUCAUCAUCAUCAUCAUCAUCAUCAUCAUCAUCAUCAUCAUCAUCAUCAUCAUCAUCAUCAUCAUCAUCAUCAUCAUCAUCAUCAUCAUCAUCAUCAUCAUCAUCAUCAUCAUCAUCAUCAUCAUCAUCAUCAUCAUCAUCAUCAUCAUCAUCAUCAUCAUCAUCAUCAUCAUCAUCAUCAUCAUCAUCAUCAUCAUCAUCAUCAUCAUCAUCAUCAUCAUCAUCAUCAUCAUCAUCAUCAUCAUCAUCAUCAUCAUCAUCAUCAUCAUCAUCAUCAUCAUCAUCAUCAUCAUCAUCAUCAUCAUCAUCAUCAUCAUCAUCAUCAUCAUCAUCAUCAUCAUCAUCAUCAUCAUCAUCAUCAUCAUCAUCAUCAUCAUCAUCAUCAUCAUCAUCAUCAUCAUCAUCAUCAUCAUCAUCAUCAUCAUCAUCAUCAUCAUCAUCAUCAUCAUCAUCAUCAUCAUCAUCAUCAUCAUCAUCAUCAUCAUCAUCAUCAUCAUCAUCAUCAUCAUCAUCAUCAUCAUCAUCAUCAUCAUCAUCAUCAUCAUCAUCAUCAUCAUCAUCAUCAUCAUCAUCAUCAUCAUCAUCAUCAUCAUCAUCAUCAUCAUCAUCAUCAUCAUCAUCAUCAUCAUCAUCAUCAUCAUCAUCAUCAUCAUCAUCAUCAUCAUCAUCAUCAUCAUCAUCAUCAUCAUCAUCAUCAUCAUCAUCAUCAUCAUCAUCAUCAUCAUCAUCAUCAUCAUCAUCAUCAUCAUCAUCAUCAUCAUCAUCAUCAUCAUCAUCAUCAUCAUCAUCAUCAUCAUCAUCAUCAUCAUCAUCAUCAUCAUCAUCAUCAUCAUCAUCAUCAUCAUCAUCAUCAUCAUCAUCAUCAUCAUCAUCAUCAUCAUCAUCAUCAUCAUCAUCAUCAUCAUCAUCAUCAUCAUCAUCAUCAUCAUCAUCAUCAUCAUCAUCAUCAUCAUCAUCAUCAUCAUCAUCAUCAUCAUCAUCAUCAUCAUCAUCAUCAUCAUCAUCAUCAUCAUCAUCAUCAUCAUCAUCAUCAUCAUCAUCAUCAUCAUCAUCAUCAUCAUCAUCAUCAUCAUCAUCAUCAUCAUCAUCAUCAUCAUCAUCAUCAUCAUCAUCAUCAUCAUCAUCAUCAUCAUCAUCAUCAUCAUCAUCAUCAUCAUCAUCAUCAUCAUCAUCAUCAUCAUCAUCAUCAUCAUCAUCAUCAUCAUCAUCAUCAUCAUCAUCAUCAUCAUCAUCAUCAUCAUCAUCAUCAUCAUCAUCAUCAUCAUCAUCAUCAUCAUCAUCAUCAUCAUCAUCAUCAUCAUCAUCAUCAUCAUCAUCAUCAUCAUCAUCAUCAUCAUCAUCAUCAUCAUCAUCAUCAUCAUCAUCAUCAUCAUCAUCAUCAUCAUCAUCAUCAUCAUCAUCAUCAUCAUCAUCAUCAUCAUCAUCAUCAUCAUCAUCAUCAUCAUCAUCAUCAUCAUCAUCAUCAUCAUCAUCAUCAUCAUCAUCAUCAUCAUCAUCAUCAUCAUCAUCAUCAUCAUCAUCAUCAUCAUCAUCAUCAUCAUCAUCAUCAUCAUCAUCAUCAUCAUCAUCAUCAUCAUCAUCAUCAUCAUCAUCAUCAUCAUCAUCAUCAUCAUCAUCAUCAUCAUCAUCAUCAUCAUCAUCAUCAUCAUCAUCAUCAUCAUCAUCAUCAUCAUCAUCAUCAUCAUCAUCAUCAUCAUCAUCAUCAUCAUCAUCAUCAUCAUCAUCAUCAUCAUCAUCAUCAUCAUCAUCAUCAUCAUCAUCAUCAUCAUCAUCAUCAUCAUCAUCAUCAUCAUCAUCAUCAUCAUCAUCAUCAUCAUCAUCAUCAUCAUCAUCAUCAUCAUCAUCAUCAUCAUCAUCAUCAUCAUCAUCAUCAUCAUCAUCAUCAUCAUCAUCAUCAUCAUCAUCAUCAUCAUCAUCAUCAUCAUCAUCAUCAUCAUCAUCAUCAUCAUCAUCAUCAUCAUCAUCAUCAUCAUCAUCAUCAUCAUCAUCAUCAUCAUCAUCAUCAUCAUCAUCAUCAUCAUCAUCAUCAUCAUCAUCAUCAUCAUCAUCAUCAUCAUCAUCAUCAUCAUCAUCAUCAUCAUCAUCAUCAUCAUCAUCAUCAUCAUCAUCAUCAUCAUCAUCAUCAUCAUCAUCAUCAUCAUCAUCAUCAUCAUCAUCAUCAUCAUCAUCAUCAUCAUCAUCAUCAUCAUCAUCAUCAUCAUCAUCAUCAUCAUCAUCAUCAUCAUCAUCAUCAUCAUCAUCAUCAUCAUCAUCAUCAUCAUCAUCAUCAUCAUCAUCAUCAUCAUCAUCAUCAUCAUCAUCAUCAUCAUCAUCAUCAUCAUCAUCAUCAUCAUCAUCAUCAUCAUCAUCAUCAUCAUCAUCAUCAUCAUCAUCAUCAUCAUCAUCAUCAUCAUCAUCAUCAUCAUCAUCAUCAUCAUCAUCAUCAUCAUCAUCAUCAUCAUCAUCAUCAUCAUCAUCAUCAUCAUCAUCAUCAUCAUCAUCAUCAUCAUCAUCAUCAUCAUCAUCAUCAUCAUCAUCAUCAUCAUCAUCAUCAUCAUCAUCAUCAUCAUCAUCAUCAUCAUCAUCAUCAUCAUCAUCAUCAUCAUCAUCAUCAUCAUCAUCAUCAUCAUCAUCAUCAUCAUCAUCAUCAUCAUCAUCAUCAUCAUCAUCAUCAUCAUCAUCAUCAUCAUCAUCAUCAUCAUCAUCAUCAUCAUCAUCAUCAUCAUCAUCAUCAUCAUCAUCAUCAUCAUCAUCAUCAUCAUCAUCAUCAUCAUCAUCAUCAUCAUCAUCAUCAUCAUCAUCAUCAUCAUCAUCAUCAUCAUCAUCAUCAUCAUCAUCAUCAUCAUCAUCAUCAUCAUCAUCAUCAUCAUCAUCAUCAUCAUCAUCAGCAGCAGCAGCAGCAGCAGCAGCAGCAGCAGCACCAUUAUUAUUAUUAUUAUUAUUAUCUUCUGCUUCUUCUUCUUUGA